UACUCUAUGCCAAUAUGGUUGUGAAUGUGUGCUUUGACCGCGACAAAAUGUACAGAGUAGGAGGUUCUUACGAUUAGGUUAUAUUUAAAGUGUUUAUCUUUCUAAUAAAUGUCGAUCAAUUAUAGUUAAUUACAAUAGUGGUUAGUACUGUGAAAAAAGUAGUUACAACAUGCAACAAUGAAGAAAUUCAACGAAUUAUUUACAGUCUGUUUUUUAUUGCACUAUUUGUAUAGUGUUUGUACAACUCACUUGCUCAUAAAUGUUAAAAAUCAGGGUGGUGAUAUUCUAUUGGAAACGAUUUCUUCCAAUGUUAGUGAAGAUGUUAUUACCUUAGAAUUUCAAUGUUCAGAUGGUACUUUAGUGACACAACUCAUUGAUUUUAAAAAUGAAGUUCAAAUAAUAAAAGCUUUAGUUCUUGGUGAAGAAGAACGUGGUCAAAAUCAAUAUCAAGUUUUAUGCUUUGUUAAUCAUUUUUUCAAAGUGGAUUUCAUAUCAUCUGAUGCUAUGUCUAAAUUACGGCAAAAAAAUCCAGGCACUGUGCGUGUUGCAGAAGAAGAUAAAGGUCACGUGAAUUAUACCAUGGAUUUAUUCUUAGAUGUAUCCGAAUCCAAAGAUAUUUCUAAACACAUUGCAACUCUUUGUGGAGAAGCAGCUGGUUCUGCUUAUACUAGAAAUGAAGAUAUAAAACAGUGGAUUCAAAGACCUGGCUCAUCCGAACUUUCACUCAUGGCAGCUGUGUACAACUUCAGCACAAAUUCUAUAACGCAACAAGGUACAAACGAUUCAAGAUCGUUAUUUGUAACACGAUGUGCAGACACAUCGAAUAUGUGGGCACCUUGUACAUGUUCAUUAGAAUUAUGUAUUGGUUGGUACCCAUGUGGUUUAAAAUUUUGCAAAGGCAAAGGUGAUGGUAAAAAAGCAGCCGCUCCAUAUAAAUGUGGCAUUAAAACUUGUAAAAAAUGUUUUAUAUUCUCAUACUAUUCUAAAAUGAAGCAGAAUUGUUUAUGGGAUGAAUGACACAUAAGAACACUGUAGAUAUAUAGGUUUUAAUUUAUGAAAGAGGGCAAGAUUAUUCAAAUUAUCAGAAAGCAAAACUACCUUUGACAUAUUAAUUUAUCACAUAUACAUUAACAAAAAUCAUCCUAUAGUAUAAUUUCAAUUUCAUUUUCUUUUUAAUAUUAUAUUUAUUUAAUAUAAAUGCUUUAAAAAGUAAACAUUUGUAACAAAAGGUACCUUUGCUACUUAUAUAUCUUUGUCAAAUCAUCAUUGAUCUCACCAAAUUUUUUACUUUAUUUCGUCUGUACAUAUCAAGUAUUAAUUGUGCUCACUCUUAUCAGGGUAUAUCGACUUGUUCAUUAUAAUGACAUUUUGGAGUAAUUUCAUUUUGAACAAUUUUUAAGGUAUUAUUUUUCUAUUUCAUUUGAAAAGUUGUCGUAAAUAUGUAAUAUAUAUAUAUUCCAUUUCACAAUAUCUAUUUGAGAAGAAGACUAGUAUGGAUCAGAUGAUUUAGAUAUAAUGGUCGCAAAAUUUUUAAAUUUGCUCUGUCCAUUAGUGAGGCCCCUGUACCACCUGUCAUUUAUAGUAAAUGGAAUCUCUCACUAGCAGUGAGACUGAAGACAGUUGUGAGUAUUAGUAUCAUCUUCGCGGGUUGAUAUUAAUUAUAUGCUUUCUAAAUGUCAGUGUUUUUCUAUAAAAAUAUAGGAUCGGUAUCGGGGCUUCCAUAAUGACAGAAGCAGGUUAGAAGUAUGUUCUUGGUACAUGUACCAGGGCGUCGGCAGACCUAUGUUAGAUAAAUUCUUACUUUUAUAGGCUGUACUGAAUGGAUGCAUUUGUAACAGUAAUAUUUGUAUUUUACUAGGAUAACUAACAAAAUAUUUUAUAGGGAGAACAAGGUACGGUAAACGAAGGAACUAUUAAAAAAAGAAAAAGCGAAACUAAUUCUAAAAGACUUACUUAGUUGUCAUAUCUUGUUAUAUGAAAAUUAUUUAAGUUUACAUUUAUCAUUCAUCACAUUCCCAAACUACUAUUUGCCUGCAUUUAUCAAAAAUGUAAUCAUUCCUAACAUACCUUACAUUAUAUGCACAAUGUGUCUUACAAAAUAUGUACUACUGAACAUACAUACUUGAUCACAAAGCAACAAUGUUUAUUGCAUAUUAGAGGGCGUAAAAUUGUUCGAGAAAUUUGAACAGACUGUUUUUAUUAACUGUUCACAGCCGGAUAAAACAGAGACUAGCAAUAAAUAUUUGUGUGUAUACGUCAUGAACACUAGGUUACAAAUAAUCCAUUCAGAGUAACAUGAAGACUUUCGCGUCUAAUUUACCCACGUGUAGUAGUGCCACAAUGCAUUAAAGUGCAUCUAGUCUAAGUUCAUACACGUAAUUUUUUCUUAUUCUAUUAGAAAUAUAAAAGAGUUGCUCAAUUUAUAAUACAAAUUGAGAAAUACACUGUUGGAAUGGAAUUUUUUAUGAUUAUUACUGAGAGAAAGUGUGUCGAUAAAUAUAGACUUUUCAAACCUAAAUGCAUUUAACGAAAUAAGUAAACUAUACUUUUUCGGCUGUUUAAUUAAUGUUUAUUUAUUUUCAUGCAUAAUAGUGAUAAAUUAAUAUAAAAUCUAAUUUUAAUAAAUUGGUACAAAUAAACUUAUAUUAUACAAACAAUAUUAAAUGUUAAAGUUAUCAAUUUAUAUUUAACGUAAUGUUUAUCAUUAGUUUGAAGAUAUCGAAGUCAAUAUCGAAUUUUCUGUAAGCGGUAAAUUUUCUGUAAAAUUAAAUAAUUCAUAUCUCAACAAGUUUUUUAUAUUUCUAGUGAUUUGUAAAAAAUGAUUACGUGUGUUUGCUUGGCACUAAAUGCACUGGUAUCUGUACAGAAUUUUAUACAUGACAUGUAAGGCUGCCAUUUAUAUGUGUAAAUUAAGUUCGAAUUGUACAUAACAUAGGAGAAGAAGCACGCGCUGAUGCAAAAUAUAAACAUUGAGGGCACGUGAGAAUGAAUUAAGUCUUUGUAUAUACAGAUCGUUUGUUAAUAACUGAAACGUGUACAAUUCGUAGGAUAUACAUUAUAUAUAAAAUAUUCAGUGAGUAAAAAGUAUUGUUGACUUGUAUGGAAUAAAAAUUCAUUAUUUGUACAAAGAGGGCGCUUGGUAUUUAAAUGAGAGAGAUAAAAAAUGGGAGUAUACGUUUCAUAGCAAACCACUAUAAACAAGACUGCAAUAUCUGUCCAAUUUAAUAAUAAACAUAUUAUAUAUACAUGUUGCAAUUCACCGCGCUUCCUCACCGACACAAAAUCGUAUUUAACGUAAUUCCUAGCAUAAGUGAACAAAUGAGCAAAAAGAUAAUAAGUAUAUAUACACAUAUAUUGCACAUACUUACAUCUAUAAUCGAACAUCUAUGAAACUUGUAAGCGUUAAACGACACCGGUCGUUAUCGAUUCACUCAUGUCUGUACCACCUAACGAUUGUAUACUAUAUUUCACUAAAAGAUGAAGGAACGAAGAAAAUAGUACCACAGUCUCCACCGGGAAUGAAUUGCAUCUGCGUAUGAGUCAGUGCGAUAUAAUUCGAUUAAGUAAUUUAUACCCGGACUGUGUAAUCGGUUAAGUUUGCAAACAGCAAUAUAAAUUUGUACAUUGUGUAUAUAAGUACCUACGAACUAUAGGGUGACUCACAAAAGAUGGAGUACACAGAUAAUCUUUGUCCUGUUUGUCUUGGAAGCAUAGUCAAAAGCGUAAAACACAGUCUAAGAAUUUUUGAGAAAAUUAUUUAAAAAAAUCUUGUUUGAUUUCCAAUGCUAUCAUUGUUUUUAUGUAAAUAUGUACAUUAUUAUUUCUGUAUGAUAGUUUGUAUAAAAUUGGAUCCAGUGAUACUGUUUUAUGAAUCUUCAUAAUGAGGCUACCAAUUCUCAGCAUUAUAAACGAUGAAAAUUUGAUGUCUCACUAAAACUGAAUCUUUAAUUUUCUUUGAAAAAGAAUUGUAAGGCUUUAAGAAAAUUGACUGGAAUUUUGACAGAAUAUUGCGUUUAUCAUAUUUAUUCCUGAAAAAUAUUUGAUUUAUUAAAAGAUUUGGAUGAUCAGUUUCUUGUGAAUCAUCUUGUAUACUUAAUUACCAAACAUGGUAUAGACAAAUUGCAGAAUAUUCAAGAUGUUACUGUUAGUAUCUCGAUAAAUUAUAUGUGUCAUUUAAUAUGCAUGAUUAACAAACCAGAAAAGAAAAGAAAGAAACAUAAAAAGAAAUUCACAUGAAUAACAUAAGACAUAAGGGUAUAGACAUUAAUUAAUGAUAUGGUCCAACUUAAGGAAAAUAUUUCAAACACUUGUUCCUGUUUAAAAGAAUUUCAUACUAUGUUAAAGCUUUCUCUUUCUCUCUCUUUCUCUCGAAUAACGAAGGCACUGAUUUAUUACCUUUAACUUGCGAACACACACACUGUUAUGAGAUUUCAUUUUGGCUAACACUAUAGGGGGCUGGGAAACGGGUAUAGUAAGGGGAUAUACUAAUAGCAUUUAAACAUUUUACUAUCGAUACUUCGAAUCGAAACUGGAUGUUACUCACCGUGUAUAAUUUCAGCUUUACACGUAACAUUGUAACUUAUACACAUAUUUUUUAUAUAUAUUUAAUAAAAAGAACGAGUAAGCAA